AUGCAGCCGUAUGAGAGCCAGAUUUUCCAACAGAAAGUGUAUGAAGAGCAAGCAAAACAGCUGCGACAGCACCAAAAGGCUGUAAAGGCUCUGCAACGUCUCACAGCUACAGAAGACACGGUAGAGGAACUCAGACCAGAAGAGACGGUAGAAGAACUCAUACCAGAAGAGAAGUCAGAGCCACUCGUACCAGAAGAGACGGUAGCGGAACUCAAACCAGAAGAGACGGUAGAGGAACUCAGACCAGAAGAGAAGUCAAAGGACCUCAGACCAGAAGAGACGGUAGAGUCACACAGACCAGAAGAGACGGUAGAGAAACUCAUACCAAAAGAGACGGUAGAGGCACUAAUACCAGAAGAGACGGUAGAGGCACUCAUACUAGAAGAGACGGUAGAGUCACACAGACCAGAAGAGACGGUAGAGAAACUCAUACCAAAAGAGACGGUAGAGGCACUCAUACCAGAAGAGACGUCAGAGGCAUUCGUACCAGAAGAGUCGGUAGAGGAACUCAAACCAGAAGAGGUGGUAGAGCAACUCAGACCAGAAGAGACAGUAGAGGAACUUAUACCAGAAGAGACGGUAGAGGAACUCAUACCAGAAGAGACGGUAGAGGAACUACUCAUACCAGAAGACAGCCAACUGGAAGUCUUACCGUCGGAGAUCCAAGAGGCAGCCGUAACGAAGCAGGCCUCCGCUGAAGAGACUGUGGAUCUUUCUCUGGAGAAAACACAGUUCGUCGAAAAAGGCACCAGAAGAAGUUAA